AUGACUACGAGAAUGAUGAAUAUUCUCGUAUCCAUAGUUCUUUUCCAAGCGAUUUUCGUAUCCCCAAUGCUAGCCUCUGGCCGAGAGACUCAGUUUUUCGGGCAGCUUCCAAAAGGGCCCAUUCCCCCAUUUGGGCUGAGCUCCGGCCCACGACAAAAUCCUCCGCUUCUACUUAGUAAUGAUCGUCAGAUGCCGACAGUCGCCAGCCAGAAAGUAUCGUUCGGGAAGCUGCCGAGGGGGCCGGUGCCUCCGUCUGGCCCAUCCCCCGAGUUUUCACCGCCACCGUUUGGGCUCAGAUGA